AUGUCCACGACUUCCGGCGAUAUUGACACUGCCCGCGAGACGAACGUCACCGCAAACAAAGAAGCCAACUCAAACCCCGAAGAGCCAAGCACGGCUGCAACAGUCAGCGCGGAGCAGAAGGCGGAAGAGGCGAAAAUCGCGGAUGACAACCUAUUUCAACCUCUGGGGGAGCAGCAGGAGACGGACGCCUUCCAGUGUGGACGGUGCAAACUGUGGAGAUGCAAAUACAGGACGGAACAGACGAGGAGUGCAGUCGAGCUGAUGACGGCAAGUUACACUACAUUUGUGACAUGCAUGAACUGCAACCAUCGCUGGAUGUUCCGAUGA